GGCGACAAAAUCCCGCCCCCCCAACUGCGAGGCGGUUAAAACACCGUUGCGCCGUCGAGAAGGUUCGACCCUUGAAGAAGGCAGUAGCCGCGAGCCGGUGAGGGAACCAAUCAGAGACGCGGAAAGCGCCGACGCCGCAGCCGCUGGGAGAGAAGACUCGUCGGCGGACGCGCCGCGAUGGUGGCGCCGCUGAGGCUGCCGCUGCUCCUGCCGCUGUUGGUGGUGCUGACGGGGAGCGGGCUGGCGUGGGGCUGGGCCCAGCAGGAUAAAAUUUUGUUGCGAGAAAUCCAAGCCCUGACACUCUACCCAGGCAGGUUUACAAAUUCUCGACGGACAUCUCCAGUUCCCCAGUUGCACUGUACUGGUGGCUCAGCUGGAUGUGCAGCGUACACACCCGAGGUCGUCCAGUGUUACAACAAAGGCUGGGAUGGCUACGAUGUACAGUGGGAGUGUAAAGCACACAUGGAUAUUUCAUAUCGCUUUGGAAAAAUCGAAGUAAGCUGUGAAGGCUACGAUUACCCGGAUGACCCUUACAUAUUAAAAGGAUCAUGUGGCUUGGAGUACACAUUAGAAUUAACCAAGGAAGGACAGCAGAAAGCGAAUUCCUUUGGUGGGAGUUACUAUUCCACAACAUCUCAUGAUUCAUUAGGCUCAGGUGCUGGAGUGAUCCUCUUAAUAUUAUUUGUUGGCCUUGUUUACGGCGUCUACAAGCUAUUCCUCUGUGACAACCGGCCACAACAUGGUUUCUCUCACGGUGAUGGUUAUCCAGGAACCUAUGGGCAGGAUAAUCAAAGUCCCCCUCCACCAGGAUUUAAAUCAGACUCCACACCUCCUCCAGGAUUUAAAUCCCACUUCACAGGUGAUGCUGGUGGCUCGUAUUCUGGUUCAAAUUCGAACUCAGGGCCAGGAUUUUGGACUGGGUUAGGUGCUGGAGGGCUACUGGGAUACCUGGCAGGCAACCAAAGGUCAUCUACGUAUAACCGAUAUUCACCUUACCAUAAUACGUGGGCUGGUCCAACUGCUCCACCUCCUACAUUUGGUGCUUCAAACAGCUCUUCAACGUCUUAUUCAGGGACAAAGUCCACCUCAGGUUUUGGAGGCACAAAAAGGAGAUAAAGUUCCUGAUCUGCUUGAGUGUGUGAAUAAAAACAAUAUGCUUUUCCCCCUCCCCAAUUUUUAGCUGUUAUAAUCUUAGUAGCAGUUACAGUAUAAGGUUAAACUCUAUUUCUUGAUCAUUUUACGGAAAAACAUCUUUUAGAUUCGUUCCUUCCAAAUAAAAAGGUACUGUAGUGGGACCAAAAGUUCUUAGUUGCAGAAGCAUCUGAAUUUCUUGACGAGCUUGUAACAGAACCACCCCCCCCAUCAGUCAACCUUGAAACAAGGGACAGAUUUCAAAGUAGCCCCCACUGUAGGGGGGGAGGAGGAUAGAGAAGGAUGGGUGAGAGAGAGAAGGACCUUUCUGGAUAGUUACCUUUAUGCCUGAUAAGUAAAAAACGGAAGUGAAAGUUUGAGAAUUCGAGUUUGCUUUCUGGGGAUAAUAACAUGGAAAUAACAAUGGGGAUAAUAACUAGGAAAUGGCAUAUCUACAUCUUUGAAAAAACUGGUUUAACUUGUUUUUAUUUGGUUUUGGGGUGAAAACACAAGAAUAGACAUGCAUGGGGUUUUAAAAGUAAGUCAGUCUUAUUUGGUUUGCAUUCAACUUAAGUCAUAGUUUGAGUAGACCCAUUGAAAUCAGUGGCUUCAAUUGGCUACAACCCAUUGAGUUCAGUGGAGCUUGUUUCCAGGUAUACAUAUAAUUGUAGACCUUGACCUUAACCAGUUCUGGUCAUAGGCCACUAGUACAUAGAAUCACAGAACUGUAGAGUUGGAAGGGGUCCCAAGGGUCAUCUAGCCCAACCCCCUGCAAUGCAAGAAUCUCAUUAGUUGUACACAGUAAUAUAUCAUCAAAUGACAUAUCCAGCCAAUUCAUGAAAAUGAGCACCAUAAUGUGGAUUUCAUCAACAUCAGGUCCUUGUCCUACCCACAUGAUGCUGACACAAAGCCCUACACUAGGACUAGACAACAGAAUGAAAGAACAAUCUCUCCCCCACUCCCUUUUCCCCUCAACCGCAAGAUGUCUAUGACAAAAAUGUAUUUCACUAAAGGCAAAUGAACUGUGAAAAAGACUUAUGAAUGCAAAGUGGAGAUAAUAGGUGUACCUUUCCCUGUUUUUCUGUUUGUUUUGUAACAAAAAAAAAUCUUUAAUAAAAACUAGUUUAAAAAAAUCAGGUCCUUGUGCAGAAUAGAACUUCCCUGUACGUUAUCUCCCUUGCUGCAUCAGAGGGCUAUCUUUUCAUAUGGUAGAAUUUGGGUGCCAUAAUAGACUUCCUUCAUGCCCUUCAUUCUGCUGAAUAUAAUUAUAUGUUACUAGUUCCUUGUACACAACCUUUUACUCUUAUUGAGAGUACAGUUGUGACUGUUGUCUUGGUUCUCCCUCCUCUCCUGUGAGGGGGAGAAAAACCCAAAAUGUUUGCAUUGUAAAAAUCUUCAUACUUUGGAUUUAAGACUGUGUCAAAGUAACUGAUUUCUUCAUUUAGUAACUCCUUUAACACUGGAGACAAUGGGUGAUGGAAUAGGUAUAUGAAAUCAUAAGAAGUGGAUUAAUUUAACUGAAAAAUCCAGUGUCCUGCAUUAAGUUGACAGCCAUUCUUUCUGUAUAGAUUUGAUAGUUGUGAUCUUCUGGAUGGUUGUUUAUAAACUCCUUUCCUAUAUGGAAAAUAAUAAUGUAUUGAAUGGAGAUAGUGGAACUGGGUUGUUUUGCACAUAAUGUUAAGUCAGAGGUUGGGCUUAGUGUGAAUGAACAAACAUGCAGGUACACAGCAAAAAAUGCAGCCGAUUUGCUUCUCCCCUGGUCCUGCUGUUGCUGUACUACCCAGAACUGAGCCAUGGUUGGGUAUAGCAUUACUGAUAAUCUAAUCCACUCUGCAUUUUUUCCAUUGAUCAGACCUCUAACAUGUAACAGUAAAAAGAAUGGGUUUGGAACUCUGUGUUUGUAUUGCUGCCUUUUAUUCAGCAGUUUCCAUGCUCUCUUUUUGCUGUAUGUUUAACUCAGUAAAUAAGCACAGUUGACAAAUAAUAAGCAGCAAACGUUGAAAUAAAAUGCAGAACUAAUGUUAAUAUGUGCAAAGCGAAAA